CUUGUUUAGUCAUCCAAAUUAAAGUCCAAACACCUUUCCACAAGACCACAACAAAUUUUCAUUCUUUACCUCAGCAAUGAAAGUGUUUGCCUCUAUUUGCCUCUCCGUUAAUCAUUCGUACAAGAAGCUCACAUAAAUUACAGCUUUCUAGCGUGGAAGUGACAUGAACAACAAGAGAAAGAACCAUGAAAAAGAAAAUCAUCAAAAAGAUGGUGGUGGAGAUGAUGGAGAUGUUCUUCAACUUUCAUUGGCUUGCCAGGAAUCUACUCAUGUACCACAGUUCGUCCUCGCACAGCCACCGGUCCCGUCGUCUCACAGUCAACUAAUUCCCCCGAGACAAGUACGACGGCGCCGAAACCUAACAGAGACACCGCACGAAGGCAAAAGUGAGAAUGUUCCUUCUCUAUUCCCGUGGUCAACAAAUAAGCGCGCAACUAUACAAAACCUAAGUUAUUUGAUGUCAAAUAAGAUAUUUACCAUCACCGGAGAUGUGCAGUGCAAGCGAUGCGAGCGAACCUAUGAGAUGGGAUUUGAUUUGCGAGAAAAGUUUUACGAGAUCGGCAAAUUUAUAAUGGAAAAUAAAGAAAACAUGCAUGAUCGGGCACCAGAUGUGUGGAGGAACCCGGUUCUUCCUACUUGUAGGUUUUGUGAGCAAGAGAAGAGUAUCAAACCGGUUAUUGCAAGUAGCAAGAAAGCCAUAAACUGGCUCUUCCUGUUACUAGGGCAGCUGCUCGGGUGUUGCACACUCGAGCAGCUCAGAUAUUUUUGCAAACACACCCAAAAUCAUAGGACAGGAGCCAAGGAUAGGAUCCUUUACCUGACCUAUUUGAGUUUGUGUAAGCAGCUUGAUCCUACCGGUCCUUUUGAUCGUUAGUAAGAUUGAGUCUACAAGUUCUCUCUCUAUUACCGGUGGACGUAGCUCAACUGGUAGUAAGGGAGUGCCACAAGGGUUAGGUCCCGGGUUCGAAUCCCGGCAAGUGUGAUGAGGGAUUACUAUGCUAAAAAUGCAUAGGGUCUCUGCAAGUACCGGGGACAGAGCCUCACUCUCUACCUGUCAGAUUGGGAUUAUAGUCCAAUUUACAACCUCCCAACGUACCGUCUGAUAGGGGUUGGGGGCCCUCAGGGAUGGAGUUUCAUCUUUUUUUUCUAUUAAUGGUUCUAGACAACUAUUGACUAUGUCCAACUUUGAACUGAGUAUGUCUAUGUUCUCUAUCUUUGGAUUAUUUAUUAUACUCCGUAUAUGGAAGUGAUGCG